AUUUUUCUUCAUUGCCUUUCUUGGAUGCAUCCUUUCAACCACGUGGCCACGCUUCAUAUUUUGCUCCUUAUACAUUUUCGUGAUUUACUUGAACCUCUGAGUCCUCCAAAAUUCUUGCUUUCGAUUUCACUUGAAUUUCUUGUUCUUUGCUAAUAUGUCUUUCCUUGGACGUGGUGGCCCUUCACCAGCCGGCGGUGUCAACCAUGAACGCGUUGAAAUGGCCAUAAACGAAAUCGACAUGGUAUCAGACGUAUUUAACCGUAUUGUUUCUUCAUGUCAUGCCAAGUGCAUCAGUCCUCGCUAUGCCGAAGGAGACCUCAACAAGGGCGAGAGCGUCUGCAUUGAUAGAUGUGUGGCAAAGUUCUUCGAAGUUAACAAGAAGGUCGGAGAAAAGAUGCAGAGCGCGGGAGCAAGUGCACAGGCUACGGGUUCAACAAGCUUCUCGCUAUGAGCAUCACCAGGCGAGGACAUUUAUGGAUAGUUAUGAUGUGAGUUAGUCACUUGACUUUUUCUUUCUCACCUCGCUUACUCUUUCUUCAGAGUUUUAACUUGUUCUACAACGUAAUGCAUUGGUGCACAACCAUUCACAUCCCACCCAUUAGACAAACAUGUAUCGGACGCAUCCUACUUGGUAAAGUUUG